AUGGAACAAGAAGGCUAUAAAAAGCUUUCUGGGCGUAUCGAACACCUAGAAGAGGAAACAAACCUCUCUACGGAAUGCGCCCAGCUACCCAAUUAUGCCGCGUAUCUACAGGCAUCUAUAUCUAUGGGAAUUUAUAGCGCCCGACGAGGCCACCGUUUUCAUCAACUAACGGCUCGCACCAUCGAGAGUAAACCUCGCCUGUCUAAGGAAGAGGUCGAAAUCCUCGAGGCCGAGUUUCAAAAGAACCACAAGCCUGGCAGCAGCACCAAGAAAGCACUUGCAGAGUCUAUGAGAGUCGACAAUGCCCGAAUUAAUAACUGGUUUCAGAACCGGCGUGCAAGAGAGAAGAAGGAGAAGAAGACCUAUGAAUAUGCCGCCAGGCAAAAACUCGAAAAUGAGAAGGUGGCUGAGGCGGCAAUCAAAACCACGAGCGAGGUUGCAACUGAGGCCGAAAAUUGGUCUCUGUCACACCCAACAGGCUCCACGGGCCUCACUUCCAAGUCAGGUGGACCGGUUCGAAAUGAAGAUGCGACAAAGACUGCCAUCAGGGGUGCUGAAGCCAUUGACGAAGCGAGCGACGACAGCAAUAAACUGUCAGAUACUGGCGACGGUGAAGAAUUAGCCAAGCCCGAAGAAACCGGUCAGUGUUUCACCGCUGAACUGCCACUCAAGCUGUUGGAAGAGAUCCCCUCCAGGUUCCCGCAGUCCGAGGGUGAGGACCAUGGCACUCAAAGGAUACAUGAAAGUAAACUCUCAGAAUCAACUGCAGAGAGUAGCGCGACCCUCACGACCUUGCCCAUGGACCUACAAAGCGCGCAGCCGGGAUCCAAAGAACCCGCUGCCCUUAUAGGCGAAGAGAGCCACACGGCCGAGCAGCCACUUCUCAGCCUCAAACCCCGAGAAGUUGGCAGCUUCUCAUGGCUAAUGUCUUGGGCGAGAAAGCUGUCGAGGCCUAAGUUGAAGACAGGAUUCCGUCGGAUCGAAUGGAAAUGUGACUGUGGAUCGGAUCUGUACGCUGAUUUUCCAGAAUGCGAGGGGGUCGAGCUCGACAAGUUGGAAAUCUUAUUGCAGAGCUCUGGAUCAGAUACUAUCCCGACGGCCGGCGUUCAACCCGAAUCUCUCAAUACUUUCGGCCAUGUUACCUUGGACGAUACCUCGAAGCAGCAGAAAUGCACCACGUCAGCCAACUCCCCGACGAAGGGAGACCUGAACACCGUGGCAGAUGCCAAUUCGCACACCGAGCCGACUCCAGUAGAAAGGCCGCCCCCAAAGUUCCUCGCCCUAUGCGUUAAUACAGGGGGUAACUACAGCACAUUGACGGAGAUUGACACAGCGCAAUUCCAGUGUGACACAAGCGCUUUCCUUGCCCUGAAGGAUGAGUAUUUGAGGAUACGAGGCCAACGCGCCCGCUUCUGGUUCUUAAUCAAGCCAACUACGGUCGACUUUGUGCAGUUUACACUCUGGAAUCUACGACACGGCUACAUCUCCGUCUGCAGCCGGCCUCAGUCCAUACCACCGCACGAUUCCAGGGAGUACGAGUACGCCCCGAAGCCAUUGAGAAACCCCCCUCCAAUGCCGCCAGAGGUCUUCAUCCACUUUCUCAAUCAUAACGAGGACGAUCAUCAACCUGGGAAACGCAUCUGGCUACCUCGUCUACCGAAGCGGCUUAGUAAACGGGUGAUCGACUGCGAUGAAGGGUGCGAGGGAUGGGGGAUUCAUGUCAUCGAAGGGCCGAACCGUGGAAUGAUCUUCUUAGUUAUGAUCCUGACGAUAUUCGGAAGCGUCCUUGCAACCAUCUUAUGGUCGGCUAUACGGGGUGAUAUACCAGGGGGAUCUACCUUGGGUGCCUUUAUUGUUGCUCUACCGGCGGCGAUCCUGACUGCGUUUCUGUUGAAGUUAGAUGCAGUUUAA